GGGGUGCGCGGGGGUGGCAUCCGCGAGUAGGUGGGGGUGAGCUCCCUGUGUCCCCGGCUUGCGUUCCGGCAGCUGCCGCCGCUGCCCCGCCGCUACCGCCAUGUUGGCUUGAGGGACGAUGACAGGAGGCGGUUGUGGCGUUUGGGACUGAGAAGUGGAGGAGAGACAAAGAUCUGAGAGAAAGCCGUUGCCAGGCUGAGGAGAGGGAAGACCGGCCUCUUCCGGGGACCGGCCGGACUCGGCGUCGCUGGAGCUUCCGAGGGAGGGGAGGGGAAGGCCGGAGAGGAACGCGGAGGAGCGGAGACGAUGCGCCCCGAGAGCCGCUGCGGCCCGGAGGCGCUCGUGGCCUGAGCCCCGAGGGGCGGUGGGUCUGUCUCCCUGGCCCGAGCUCCGCGCACCGCGCGCGCCGGCCCGGGCUUCGGCCUUGGCUACCAACGAGUUAAAUGCCCUUAAGAGCGGUUUCGGGCGGCCCGGCCCCCGGCCCUGACGGCGCGAGGUGAGCCCGUUUCUCCCCGCCGGCCACUCAGCUCACGCGUCCAUGUGUAGUCGCAUAGUUAUCUGUGUACCGGCAGUCGGGGCAUUUUGCUGCUUAAUGAGGACUCGGGCGCGAGUGUGAAUCACUGCCGGCCCGCAUUUAACCCCCUCCCACCGCUCCAUGCCCGUGUGUCACUCGGCUUGGUCCACCUAGCGCGGCCGGUCCUGGGGCUGCUGCUGCUGACGACGACGACGACGACGACGACGACCACAGGCGGCUCCGCUCCCGCUCCCGGAGUGCCCUCCGCACGGGCUUCACGGCUCCUGGGGAUCGCUCUUCUCUGCGCAGAACCUUGGCCAGGCCGCCACUUGGGCUCGCAAAUCACUUAGUUUUUGGAAAGCACAUAACGAGCUAAUCGAGAUCGUUAACGUUGAUUCCUGUGGCUUGAAGACUUCUCCUUCUUUUUGUUGUGUAUUUUUUUUUUUUUUCCGUGAACAUCUGGGUGUAAAUAUCAAGCGGCAAGAUGUCCAGUAAUGUCCCGGCGGAUAUGAUCAAUUUGCGCCUUAUCUUGGUAAGCGGGAAGACAAAAGAGUUCCUGUUUUCUCCUAAUGAUUCUGCUUCUGACAUUGCAAAGCAUGUGUAUGACAAUUGGCCAAUGGACUGGGAAGAAGAACAGGUCAGCAGCCCAAAUAUUCUACGACUUAUUUAUCAAGGACGAUUUCUACAUGGAAAUGUCACACUAGGAGCAUUAAAACUUCCUUUUGGUAAAACAACAGUGAUGCACUUGGUGGCCAGAGAGACAUUGCCAGAGCCAAACUCUCAAGGUCAGAGGAAUCGUGAGAAGACUGGAGAGAGUAAUUGUUGUGUAAUCCUGUAAACACUGUCAGCUAAGUGUGAUGUGAUGUCGUCCUUGUCUUUCAUGCUGCUGGGACAGAAGAGACCCAACAUUGCUUCAGAAACCCUUAGAAAGUCUGCCUGUAAAGCCAUGGAACUGAAUGCUCACAUGAACACUGUUCGUCUUCUCUCAUGAAAUUCAAAAGAACCAAGGACACUUUCACUAUGAUUUUUAUUAUUAAUAUUUUUGUUUCUGUUGAGCAGUUUUAAAAUAUUGGGUUUUGAAUGCAGUCAAUCUCCAGGGAAAAAGUUAACAAGUCACCUUUCAUAGCAGAAACCAUUUUGCUACCACAAAAAUUUUACCACCAGAACUAACAAAUCAAGUGUUCCAAAUAUAGUCUGCACUAAAAAAGUUUGACGUUUUUUUCAUCAGCAGAAUUUAUAGCAUACUUUAUGGCACCUAGAAAUACUCAUGCACAAUUCCACACUGAACAACACUCAGCAAUUAAUGACGUUAAUAACUGGGCCAACUGGAGAGGGGAAAAAAAUGGAAAAGAAACCAAAAUGUUGGGUGAUUUCUACCCAAGUCCCUGUGGUGGCUGCACUGGCACAGAUCCUAAACUGAGUGUGACGGUCUUCACUGCAACAGUGAAGAAACAAAUGUGCCUGUUUGAAGCACUCAGUGGAGAGCUGAUGAGCGAAUUGUUUUCCUUUAACGCAUGCACUCUUCAGUCAUAAGUAACCGAGUGCUUGUUCACACAGCACAAAACGGGUGAAUGCGUUUUCCUAGCCUUAAUGUGGGGGGUGGGGGGGCGGGGGGUAGUAAGUUCCAGUCAUUCAUAGACUUUCAUAGUUGGGCAGAAUUAUUAGAAAACCUCAUUUACUGUUCAAUUUUAUGUAUUUGAAUAUCAGUAGACUGAAUUUUUCCAUAAUUUUUGCUCAUCUGUAAUUGUGUCCAGUGUCACACUUACUCAUUAGAGAGUUCAGAUGAAUUCUUACAAUUAAAAAAUUCUCCAUAAUUCUCCAUAACUGACUUGUUUCUUUAUAUAGUUUGCAUUUGAUAUUAGUGCUUGCAAUUAAAAUCAGUUCUUUUGUUUUAAAUCAAUAAUUUAAAAAAUUGAUAUGCUAAAAACAAUUUGCACAGUACUAAAGCAUGAGCUAGUUUCAUCUAAACCUGUAAAAAUAUAAAAGAUUUUAUAUUUUUUUCACUGGGAAGAAAUUCUUCCUGGAUGAAAUUACAAAUAUGUGUAGAAUAUAUUUAAUAAAAAACUUAUAAAAUACCUAACUAUAGAACUUAAAUAUAGAUUGGCGUGUAGUAUAUAGAACAAUAUUCCAUAUAAAUAACUUUAGCCUUUAUAAAAAUGAAGUUGCAGGCUGACAUGUUCUGUACUUUUAAGCGUCCACGGUCCUUACAAAUAUUGUGUAAAAGGUUUCAGAUGGUCAGCUUUGUUUAAAGGUAAGCAGGUUAUUUUAUUCAUUGUUAAUGCAUUGAUAAAAAGGCUUUAUAUGCAGUAGAUCUACAAAAAUAUUGUUCAUACUGACAAUUAAAUUUGUAUAGAGCAGAGUUUUAAAAAUGAAUGUAAAUAGCACUAAACAUUUCCUUUCUGCAAGCUGUACUUAUAGAUUUUUUUCUCUGUAAACUAAAAAUAUAUCGUAGUGCAUUUUGUUCAUUAUUUUAAAGGUCUUGAUUAGGUCGAUAAUUGUUUAAGCACUGUCUCAUUCAUGUUACAGUUUUCUACUUUUAUUUCUUAAUCUUUAAAAGUUUGUUUAAUAUUCUCUUGUUUUGGGAGUUAUUUACAAUGUAUCUUUGAUAUUUAACCUGGUUAAUUUGUGUACAGUCAAAACAAUGGAUAGAAUUAUGUAGUCUCUGUUAUCACUAAAAUGUUAUAUUCAAAAGAUGUUAAAUAUUUAUAUGCCUUGUUGACUAGCUCAAAUGUGAGUUCUGUUAUUGUUGACUAAAGAAGAAUCUGGUAGUUACUUAAUUGGGCAAUUAAGUCAUUUAUAGCUCUGUUCUUCUUUUGUAAAACAAACUACUGGUAAUUAUUUUUAAUAACUAUUUUAAUUCUACUUACUCUUCUGUUUUCCAUAGUUAAAGACUAUCAGGUAAUUGUGAUUGAAUUUUUAUGAUGGUUAAAAAUACUCUCUACUGGUUUUCAAAAUAUUUUUCUGUAUGUUUCCACAUUAUACAUUACCCUUUCACAAGACCUCAAUUUAGAGUUUGCAGAAUGGAUAAACUUGUUUAUUCAUAGAGAAAGAAUUAUGUCACUUAAUAUUUAAUAUCAUUGUGCAGAAUAAAAAAAAACAGUAAAAUUCUAUACUGAAAACACCAAAAAUUUAGAUGCCUUAAUAGUGUAUUUGUGAAAAUACUCAAUUAUCUCUCUAAAAUAGUUCCUUGGACUGCCUCAUGGCUGAAAUAUGACUAGUCAUAGCCAAGGCUACCACUGAAGGUCCCUCUGCCAAAAUGACAGCUUACUUACCAAAAGGUGGAAGCUGCAUAAGACCCAGUGUCGUAAAUAAAGCCUGACUUGUGGGCCUCUGACUCUGUCCAGCGCGUGGUAUCUAAUGCACCCCUUUUACCUAAAUUAUGCAAGACUUCAUGUGUCCUGCACAAGGCAAAGCUUUCCUUCUGUAUUAAAUUCUCAGCAUGUCUCCUUGACCUGAGCUGUUUGUUUUCUCUUCUAGGUAAGUUGUAUCUUAUCCUGUCAUGAAAAGUACAGUAUCUCACAUCGUCAUUCACAUUAAAUGAGGUUUUCUCAUAACAAA